AUGGAGAACUCAACUUGUUCAAAGGAGUUUUCUACAGCGUCCACGGUAGUCCUCCUAAUUUUAAACGGCACUUCGGGUUUUGUAACGGUUUGUGGAAAUUUUCUGGUCCUUAUGGCCAUCGUUAGCACGCCAGCUCUACAUGUUGCUUCCAAUGUGUUUAUUGGUUCGCUGGCAGCCGCGGAUUUCACCAUUGGUCUUGUCAUGAAUCCCAUAUAUACAGUGAUAGUUGCUCGAAACAUCACGGACAGAAAGCAUGGACUGAAUAUUGCCGAACAAUUUCUCUGGAUUCAUACAGUGAUUACGACAACGUUUAACCUAGCGGCCAUGAGCGUGGAGAGAUAUAUCGCGGUAAUCUUUCCCUUACGCUAUAGUCAUGUAAUAUCCUCCAGGCGUUGUCUCGUAGCUGUUGCUGGUAUCUGGAGCUUCUCUUUAUCAUUUGUGUGUACACGGGCGUUUGUUUACGAAGCAGAGGACUUACAGACCCUUUGGAUAGUCCAUUCGGUUAUUGCAAUUGCAUUUCCACUUUGUGUGAUAGCGUUUUGCUAUUUUCACAUUUUCAGAGCCAUUAAUAAACAGCGAAGAAGAAUUCAGCAGUUUCAACGAACAUGCUUAUAUGGAUUUAACCAAAACACGCGUAGUGAAAUGAACGCUAAGGCUGCAGGAACCAUGGCUAUUGUUAUUCUGUUUUUCAUUCUCUUUUGGACUCCCAACAUUGUAAUGACGAUAUUAAAUUUUUUCGCUAAAGACGAUUGCGAAGAAAUGAGGAUUUUUCAGAUCUGGGUUUGGUGCGCUUCUGUCGCUUUUGUUGGUAGCUCUGUGAACCCUUUUGUAUAUUCCAUAAGGAUACAAGGAUUCCGUUUGGCAAUAAAACGAAUAUGCUGUUGUAGGUAA